GCCAUGGGCAGAGCAAGGCAAAGAGCCAACGCUCAGCGGCGGAAGCAGAAGCAUCCCGGGGAUCCUCCAGCCACCUGCGCAGCCGUCACGGUCAUGGGCGCGAGCCGCGCGCGGUGCCCACCUGUCCAAGUCGGGGUCGGGAGCCAGGCGGCCAGCAGGGAGCGGGCGGCGGCCAAGAGGCGGCGCGGAAAGGCGCGGCGCAAGCGCUGGUGGCGGCGGGUACGGGAGACCUGCGCCAAGAAUCUGCUGCUCCCGCCGCAGCUGCGGAACCAGCGGGCGCUCAUGCCCACCCCAGCGGCACCGGCCACGUCCCCGGGUGAGCUGGACCUGGGCGCGCAGCGCGAGCGCUGGGAGACGUUCCGCAAGCUGCGGGGCCUGAGCUGCGAGGGUGCCGCCAAGUUCCUGCUGGACACCUUCGAGUUUCCAGGCCUGGUGUACCACACGGGGGGCUGCCACUGCGGCGCUGUCCGCUUUGCGGCCUGGGCCCCUGCGGAUCUGCACGUGGUGGAGUGCAGCUGCAGGCUGUGCAAGAAGAAGCAGCACCGCCACUUCCUCGUCCCAGCCGAGCGCUUCACGCUGCUGCAGGGCGCCGAGAGCAUGGUCACCUACCCGUCCAACACGCACCCGGCGCUGCACAGCUUCUGCAGCAGGUGCGGGGUGCAGAGCUUCCACUCCGCGGAGUCCGACCCACGCGUGUAUGGCGUCGCCCCGCACUGCCUGGACGCGGGCACGGUGCGCAGCAUGGUCAUCGAGGAGGUCGAUGGUGAAGCUUGGGAACAGGAGGCCACCGAGGAGGAUGACGAUGACUACGCCAUGCAGAACGCGUCCAUCGAGGCGACCCCUGCCUGUCCUGGCCAAGAAGAGCUGUGA